ACUACCCAGCAUCUUGGGCAGGGGUUUAAAUUUGAGAGUCUUUUAGAUCUCUGGAUUUCUGGAACUUUCGGCUUGCUUUCCCCCCAGGAUUUAGUUCCCAUUUUUUCAGACAAUGCAUUGGAAUUUUUAGGAAGGGUAAGCUGAUCAUGGUGCAAACUACAGGAAUGAUUGAAGAUUGUGGGAAAAGAGGCGCUACCAUGGCAGAAAGGAGGCAGCUGUUUGCAGAAAUGCGGGCUCAAGAUCUGGAUCGUAUCCGUUUGUCCACCUACCGAACAGCAUGUAAGCUUAGAUUUGUGCAGAAAAAAUGCAACUUGCACCUAGUGGACAUUUGGAAUGUUAUAGAAGCAUUGCGGGAAAACUCUUUGAACAACUUGGACCCAACUAUAGAGCUGAAUGUGGCUCGACUCGAAGCUGUGCUGUCCACUAUUUUUUACCAACUCAACAAACGUAUGCCAACAACCCACCAGAUUAAUAUCGAGCAAUCCAUCAGUUUGCUGCUCAACUUUUUGCUGGCAGCUUUUGAUCCAGAAGGACAUGGAAAAAUAUCUGUGUUUGCUGUCAAAAUGGCCUUGGCAACACUUUGUGGAGGAAAGAUUAUGGAUAAAUUAAGAUAUAUAUUCUCAAUGAUUUCAGACACUAGUGGGAUAAUGGUAUAUGGAAAAUAUGACAUGUUUUUGCGGGAAGUUCUUAAACUGCCCACUGCAGUCUUUGAAGGUCCUUCUUUUGGUUAUACGGAACAAUCUGCAAAGUCUUGUUUUGCUCAACAGAAAAAAGUUACACUGAAUGCUUUUUUGGAUACUCUUAUGUCUGAUCCUCCCCCACAAUGUCUUGUCUGGUUGCCACUUCUACACCGAUUGGCAAAUGUUGAGAAUGUCUUCCACCCUGUUGAGUGUUCCUAUUGCCAUAGUGAGAGCAUGAUGGGAUUUCGCUAUCGAUGCCAGCAGUGUCACAAUUACCAGCUCUGUCAAGAUUGCUUCUGGAGGGGACAUGCCAGUGGUUCCCAUAGCAACCAACACCAAAUGAAAGAAUACACAUCAUGGAAAUCUCCUGCUAAGAAGUUAACUAAUGCACUUAGCAAGUCUUUAAGCUGUGCUUCCAGCCGUGAACCCUUGCACCCAAUGUUCCCUGAUCAGCCUGAAAAACCUCUAAACUUGGCACAUAUAGUGCCUCCUAGACCGGUUACCAGCAUGAAUGAUACACUGUUCUCCCACUCUGUUCCCUCAGGAAGCCCUUUCACAAACAGAAGCUCUCCUUACAAGAAUAAUGAAGUAGAGCAGGACAAAUUGCUGGCUAGGGCUGUUCCAGGUUUUUUGAAAGGCAAAGGGUUACAGUAUAGCCUCGAUGUUGCAGACAGGCUGGCUGAUGAACAUGUUCUCAUUGGGUUGUAUGUCAACAUGCUCCAGAACAACCCCUCACGUUUACUUGACAGCCCAAACCGUCUAGAUGAAGAACACAAACUGAUCGCCCGGUAUGCAGCAAGACUGGCAGCAGAGACUACUUCAUCACAGCCGCAACAGCAACCACAACAAAGAGGCACUCCAGAUAUUUCAUUUUCUAUUGAUGCAAAUAAGCAACAACGACAGCUUAUUGCAGAACUUGAAAAUAAGAACAGAGAAAUCUUACAAGAGAUUCACAGGCUGCGGCUUGAACAUGAGCAGGCAUCUCAGACCACCCCAGAAAAAGCAGCACAAAACCCUACACUCCUGGCAGAACUUCGCCUCUUGAGACAGAGGAAAGAUGAGUUGGAGCAGAGGAUGUCAGCUCUUCAGGAAAGCCGAAGAGAACUCAUGGUUCAGUUAGAAGGCCUCAUGAAACUACUCAAGGAAGAAGAAUUGAAGCAGGGAACUCAAGGGGCAGGCUCUCCUCGCUCAUCUCCCAGCCACACAAUCAGUCGGCCAAUUCCGAUGCCUAUCAGAUCUGCAUCUGCCAGCUCAACUCCAGCCCACACACCACAAGAUUCUCUGACAGGGGUGGGAGGAGAUGUGCAAGAAGCUUUUGCACAAGGUACAAGAAGAAAUUUAAGAAAUGACUUGUUGGUAGCUGCUGAUUCAAUCACCAAUACCAUGUCUUCUCUCGUGAAAGAAUUAAAUUCAGAAGUUGGAAGUGAGACAGAAAGUAAUGUGGAUUCAGAGUUUGGUCGGACUCAUUUUGAUGAUCUUGUUCCAUCACCAACUUCUGAAAAGGCUUUCCUGGCACAAAUCCAUGCCCGGAAGCCAGGAUAUCUUCACAAUGUAGCUGCUACUGGAACCAUUCGCAGUGACCUGGUUACAGAAGAUGGAGAUUCUUAUGUUAGAGCUGAUGAUGAGAACUAUGAAAAUGAUUCAGUCUGCCAACUAGAGAAUGAACUCAAGAUGGAGGAGUAUUUGAAGCAGAAAUUGCAAGAUGAAGCAUAUCAGGAAAGCUGCAGUCAAAUGAAUAAUGAAAGUGAUGUAAGAAUUGAGGAGGGGGAAGAGAAGGAGGAAGAGGAAGAAGAAGAAGAGGACAACACUCCGACUAAUGACAAAGAUAGCCUAGCUGCCAGCUUCAACAAAGAAGUGAAAAAUCAAGUGCAGCCUCUCUAACCAACUAGGUCUCCAGACUGUAGCACAAUUAUUUUGUUUGCCAAGUUCUAGUUUGUAGGUGUUUUAUUUUUGAAGAUUAAAAAAACAUGUUUUUUUUAAAAGCUAAAUUAUAUCAACUACAUCGUAUGUAACAUGGCUUAUUAUUGAUGAAGAACACUGGCUGUACUAACAAAAUAGAAACCCUUUGCACAUACUUUUAAACCUGUUCAGUUUACAAUGACAGUACUGUUUAUAUUAGGAGUUUGAUUUCCGAAUAAUUUGAGGUUUUAGAACACUUUCCUACACACUGUACAUUGUUUUUCCAUGGAGGGACUUUUAAAAAUAUAUUGAUGCAUUUAUCGUUGAAUAAAUAUACUCCUGUGUGUACAUA